AUGAAGAAAGUUUGUUGGCCAUACUUCGAUCCUGAGUUUGCCAAUCUUCCAGAGAGGAUAUACGGUCCCAUCUGUAGAGUUUGUAUUGACAAUGAAACUUUGGAGGACUGCACCAUUGUCAAGGUUAAUAGCGUGAAGAAGCAGGGCCUCCUCCUGGAAGUGGUGCAAAUUUUGACGGACGUCAACCUUUUUAUUUCCAAAGGCUACAUUUCCUCCGAUGGGGGAUGGUUCAUGGAUGUUUUCCAUGUCAAAGAUGAGCAUGGCAACAAACUUAAAGAUCCAAACAUUAUCAACUAUAUCCAGCAGGCGAUUGGUUCAACUAGGGACAUACCAAACUCGCCGAAGGCCAAGAUUUACACCCAAAACGACGUCGAUUUAUCGUCAUCACCAUCCUCGUCCUCAUCAUUAUCAUCAUCUUCAUCCUUCGACCAACGUGACCCCACAGAGGCCACCGCAAUAGAGAUGACUGGAACGGACCGUCCCGGUCUCUUCUCCGAGAUAUCCGCGGCUCUGGCGGACCUCCACUGCAACGUCGUCGAAGCCCACGCGUGGAGCCACAACGCGCGCCUAGCGUGCGUCGCUUACAUCUCCGACCAGUCCACCCACACGCCAAUUGACGACCCCCACCGCCUCGCCUCCAUCGAGGACCAUCUGACAACCGUCCUACGCGCCACCACAACGGAUGACUUAUCAAGCGGAAUCCAUGUCAACCCUGACGAGAUGAAGACAACAGAGUUCCACGCGCCGGUUGACGGCAGUCACGCUAACGUCGUGAGCAACGUAGAGAGACGGUUGCACCAGCUGAUGCUCUCCGUUAGGGAUUUUGACGGGCCGUGUGAACCCACUAAAUCAAGGUCAUCAAAGGCCGCAGCGGUGGCAGCGUGUAAGGAUCAGGAGGCGAGGAAUAGCACAGUGGUGUCUAUUGAUAAUUGCGAGGAGAGAAGGUAUUCGAUUGUGAACGUGGAGUGCAAGGAUCGACUCAGGCUUAUGUUCGAUACAGUAUGCACGUUAAUUGACAUGCAAUACGUUAUUUUUCAUGCCUCUGUUCAUUCCCAUGGAGAUUAUGCUUUCCAGGAAUACUUUAUCCGACAUAUGAAUGGGUGCGCAUUAUACACAGAGAGCGAGAAAGAAAGAGUAACAAAAUGCUUAGAGGCUGCAAUAGAACGUCGGGUCUGCGAGGGGGUGAGGCUAGAGUUACGCGCAGAAAAUAGAGUAGGUCUGCUCUCGGACAUAACUCGGGUUCUACGAGAGAACGGCCUUACAGUUGUUCGUGCAGAUGUGGCAACGCAGGGAGAGAAAGCAGUGAAUACUUUCUACUUACGAGACAUUUCAGGGAAUAAAAUCGACAUGGAGUUUGUUGAGUCAGUGAAGAGAGAGAUGGGAGAACCAAUACAAGUUGCAGUCAAGAAUGAUUUUAUCAAUUACAGCAGCACACAACCAAGCUCGUCGCCAGAACGGUCCCGUUUCUCUCUCGGAGGGAUGCUGAAAUCUCAAAUAGAACGCUUCUCCCACAACUUCAUUCCAAUCAAAUGA